UGCCCGGAUAAGAACUGUGUUUCUCGACGCCCAAAACGAACGCGGAUAUUUUUUUCUUCUCUUUCGGAACCACAAGGAAGACGACUUCGAGAAUCAACGACCACUCAGAACGACCAGACCAGUUCGUGUGUGUUCUUCGGAAUGUACUUUCCGACGGAGACCAGGUAUGGCACUGACCUCCCGUCCUAUCCGGAGGUUGAGGAUGCUUGGUCUCACCCGAGCCUGCAGGAUGACUUCAGACUCAACGUUGACCGAACGAGACAGACUUUACCUACAGCCGGAAGCUCCAACUACUCUGAACCUCAUAAUGGAUUUGGCAGCGAGGGAACAACAGGCAGAUAUUGCUCGAGUUUGUGGGCUCAUACACCACAAGAGACCCCCGACUUCAACGUAGGCGUGGACAGCAGUUUCCCCUCGAGCAUCUGUUCCCCUCACGAAGUCCAGAAUCCUACGAGUCUGCAGGCCAGGACGCAGGAUCCCACAGAGUCUAGUUCUCAGACUGCCUUUCCUCCGUCUGCUCAUCUCUCUUCUUCUCCUUUGGCGAUUCCGGACCCGCGUUCCAUCCUCACGCAAGACACACCAGUGGUCAGUCCUCAUCACUUAGUGGACGUUAUUCCCCCUCAUAUAUCUCCGAGCCCUCAGCAACAACAACAACAACAGCAACAACAACAGCAGCAGCAACAGCAACAACAACAACACCAGCAAUUGCAACAACAACAACAGCAAGGGUUGUUGCCUAUUGUUAAGCAGGAGGAACCGGCGUCACAGCCUGAUUCUACACAACCGAGGCUUGAGGGUACAGCGGAAAGUUCAGAAGAAGAAGAAGACGAAGAAAGCAGAAGAGGAGGAGGAGGAGGAGGAGGAGAAGGGGAAACGAACAAUAAAAAAAGGAAGAGGAGGAUUUUGUUCAGCAAAGCCCAAACUUACGAACUGGAGCGUAGAUUUCGUCAGCAGCGGUAUCUUUCGGCGCCUGAGAGAGAGCACCUGGCGUCUAUUAUUAACUUGACGCCGACGCAGGUGAAGAUCUGGUUCCAGAACCACCGCUACAAGACGAAGAAGCAGAGAACCGACCGUAGCAUGGAGAUCACCCCCCUGGCCUCCCCCCGUCGCGUACCCGUGCCCGUGUUGGUACGUGACGGAAAACCCGUACCCGUGCACCACCCCCCUCCCUCCCAGUUCAACACCCCGCCCUCCUACCCGCCCUCGUUCCUCGACGUGGGCGGGUACUACCAGCAAGCGACCGCCCACAUGAGAGGCAUCGCUACCCCGUCCUUGCCUCACUCCACCUACGCGUCUAUGGGGAUGAUGUCCGCCGCCGCCUACAGUAGCCCGGGUCUCCAAGGGCAGUACGGUAGUCACGCCCUCACGCCCGCAGUCACUUCCGCCGCCACCCUGCACUACGCGCCGCCCCCCACGAUGACGGAGGCUCCUGACCCCUCCUUCGCCCCUUCGCAGUACACCGCCCCGGGGUUCUCCUACUCGGCGCAGACAUUAUCGUAGAAGAAGAAGAAGAAGAAGAAGAAGGGGAAGGGAAAAGAUAAGAUGGAGUUAGGAAAAGAGAUUAAGUGAGUGGUACUGAACUCGGUGACUGUGUGGUAAUAUGUUUUUAACCCUACAUUCAAUCUCUUUCUCUCUGUCUGUCUGUCUGCCUUUCUGUUUCUCUCUGUCUCUCUGUCACUCUCUCUGUGUGUCUGUCUGUUUCUCUCUCUCUCUCUCUCUCUCUCUUUCUCUCUGUCUAUCUGUCUGUCUGUCUGUCUUUCUCUCUCUCUCUCACUCUCUCUCUCUCUCUCUCUCUUCUCUCUCUUUCUUUCUCCUGCUCAUCACUGUCAACAGUAUUAGCUCCUUAAUCAUUUUGAUCAGGUUUUGAGUUUAUAUAUUUUUGUCUUCAUCAUCACUUUCUAAGAAAAAAAUAACAGUUAAAGGAAGUAAAAAAAAAAAUAUCCACUAUAAAAAGGAAUAAAAUAUAUCAUUGAAAUAAAUAUAUAUAAAGGUAUAGUAAAAGCGAUAUCAGUGUUAAUAAAUAGAACCACGAGUAACCCAGAUCACGUGAGUAAGCAAAUCGAUGAGUAAUUGAGUACGAGGAACUCCCCUCCCCCCCCCCCCCCCCCCCCUCUCCCACCUUCAGUGAAAGUAGAAACAAACAAACAAAUCAUUCAUAGGCAGAAUGGGGAUACAGAAGGGCAAUUUUGAAUGAGAAAGAAAACGGGAGUGUUGAAUGAGAGAGAAAACGGGGAAGUAUUGAAUGAUAAAGAAAACGGGGAAAUAUUGAAUGAGA